AAAAAGGACACACCACUGCCUUCUGCACACUUACUUAUAGAAGAGGCCAGAGACCCAGCCACCAAAUAUCUGCUCAGAGUCUCAUUACAUCCUAACUUUACUUGGGACUUUGGAUGCCCCUGCCUCUACCUCCCAAGGGCUGGGAUUAUAGCUGUUUUUCAACUUGAGGAUGACAUCAAAAAUUCACAUGUUUCUUCUGACUUGGUUGUUAACCCAGAAGGUGACAGGCCUGGCUGAGUCUUCCAAUCUGGAUUUGGCUCCUGAUGCAUUUGACGAUCAGUAUGAGGGCUGUGUCCAAGAAAUGGAGAAAAAAGCACCCCAGUUGUUAGAGGAAGACUUCAAUAUGAAUAAGGACUUAAAAGUUGCAUGGGAAAUGGCAGAGGACAAAUGGCAAGAGAUAAAAAAGACAAGGAGCUAUCCCAAAGGUUUCAGUGAUUAUCAUGGAACAGCUGUCGUGGUCUACACCGGGAACAACAUCUAUAAAAAUUUUAAUAGAGCUCUUAGAGAAUUUAAGAAAAAUCCCAGUAACUUUCAUUAUAAGGCCUUCCAUUACUACUUAACAAGAGCUCUCCAGCUUCUGAAUAACAACAAAUGUUACCCCGUAUACCGAGGUACCACGAACAAAUUUCAUUACAACAGGAUGGGCUCUGUGCGAUUUGGACAGUUUGCUUCCUCAUCUUUCGACAAGAAGAUAGCUCUUGAAAAUUUUGGUGGUGCUAAUGGGACAUUGUUUACCAUCGAAACCUGCUUGGGGGUUAACAUAACUGGAUUUUCCUACUACCCUUCUGAAAAGGAGGUGUUAAUUCCAGGCUAUGAAGUAUUUAACAAAGUCACUGUAACACCAAGUGGAAAAGCAAAUGCCAAGAUUUUUCUGAACUCCCCACAAAGAGGGAAAAGCAGCUUCAACUGCUUCUACAGCUCAGGAACCAGAAACAGCCCUGUAUUGCUGCUGCUUGUGGUGUUACCUGGUAUCCUGGUCCAGUUGCUUCCUCUUGCUGAGCUGUAGCCAUCUUUUGCCUGCAGUGGAUUGGGCUGACUGCUGAAGUGAGGGCAAAUGGUUAGAAUUUGGCAGGUUCUCUACGAUCUCUGGUAGAGGGAAGGGUGUGAUAAUUUUUGGGGAGAUCUACUUGAAUAUCCCUGACUUCCACAGACACCUAUGGUACUUACUGGCUGUUAGUGAAACUUUAUUCUGACUUCAAAUUUACUACUCUUUAUUACUUUGCUAUGGUCAAAGAGCAAUGUUUGUCUGCAUCAUUAGUAGUAACAGCUUUAAAGCAUGCAAUAUGUGAUGAAUGUUACAGUCUAGUGAAAUAAACUGUCUAUACUCACA